AGAGCCGAAGGCGGCGGGAACAAUAGCGUGUCUGCACCGCGAAUUUGAAGCUUUUAUGUGUUAAUGUGGCCUGAGAGAACGUUCUCACUGUGAAAGUGACAUAGUGUAGGCAAGGAGAGGAUGGUGGAUUUUUUAACGAUGCCGCUGUAUUAUCUGCUUUUCGUCGGAUUUUUGAAAGCUGUAACAUCAGCUGCAGGUGGAUUAAAAUGGGUUCGAGUGAACGUACCGCAGUACAGAGUACCCGGUGAGGUUGCUCAAUUGCAGUGUGAUUACGACUUGGGAAAUGAUACACUGUAUUCGGUGAAAUGGUACAAGGAACACGAGGAAUUCUACCGAUUUGUGCCAAAAGCAUCACCGCCUGCUAAUUCGUAUAAAGUGGAAGGAGUACAUGUCGAUAUGAGCAAGUCAGACAACAGGAAAGUGGUGCUCCAUCCCGUCAACUGGAAGAGUAGCGGACUUUUUCGAUGUGAAGUGUCAGCGGAGGCGCCAUCUUUUGCUUCGGCACAGAGCGAGGCUCGAAUGGAAGUCGUAUCACUUCCGGACGAGGAUCCUAUCAUUUCCGGCGUGGAGGAACAAUAUGAGAUCGGGGACGAGAUAAACCUGAAUUGCACUUCUGGCAGAAGUCGGCCGGCGUCUAUUCUACACUGGUACAUAAACGAACAACAGAUCCAAAAGGACGAAGCACUCAUCAAAUACCCCAUAGAACAUCACGCAAAAGGUCUAGUCACGACGACAUUGGGCUUGAGAUUCAUUCUGAGCAACAGACAUUUUCUCGGUGGGUCAAUGAGGGUGAAAUGUGUCGCAUCGAUAGCACCACUACUUUUUAGUGAAGAUAGAGAAGCGGUGGUCCAGAGCCUGCCCGUUAUGCGGGACAUGCGGGAGGCCCUUUUACUGGUGAAGAGCGCCUCGAGUCAAAUGGGCGAAUCCAGACUCAGUUGCUUGUCUAUAAGUUUAGUGUUUUAUUUAAUAUUACAAUUUUAUUUUUAAUAAAUAAAACAUACCAAAAAAUAUAAAAACGUUGUAUAAGUGUAACUCUUUUGUGAUCAA